ACCAAGCCUUAGGAAACGGCAACGACGCCACGGCAAGCGAGGACAUCAGUGAUGACCACCACCCUGGGAUGUUUGGCCGAGUUCUGCCCAGACUCUGGCAAUAUCGAAGUCUACCUGGAAAGGUUCGACCUUUAUGCAACCACCAAUGGAAUAGACGCAAGUAAGAAGUUGCAAGUCUUCUUAACAAUCCUGGGUGAAAAGGCUUACGUGACUCUGCGUAGCCUGCUGCCGCCGAAGAAACCAACGGAAGUCAAGCACGAAGAAGCUACAGAAGCUCUCCGAAAGCACUAUGCUCCAAAACGAUCAGUGGUUACCGAACGGUAUCACUUUUACCAGCGAAAGCAAGAGCCGGACGAAAGCCCAAAACAGUUCAUCGUCGAGCUGAAAAGACUGGCUGCAACGUGCUCGUUUGGAAGCUUUUUGGAAGAAGCGCUCCGGGAUCGACUGAUUGCUGGAAUCAGGACGGAUUCGAUUCGAUGCCGUCUUCUUGCCCUGUCAGACGACGAAGUCACCUGGGAGCGAGUAUGCAAAAUUUCCACCGCCUUGGAAACGGCCCAGAAAGACACCCGAGAAACGUACAGGAGGGCAGGCAGAUGGUAGCAGCGGAAGCUGAAAAGAAGUUGAAACAGGUGUACAGAGUCAGGCACAGUGAUUGGGCUACACCGCUAGUUAUCGCGCCAAAAAAAAAACAGGAAAAGAAAUUAGGAUAUGUGGGGAUUACAGAGUCACGGUCAAUCGGGAUAUUGAACUUGACCACUAUCCACUGCCUCUGCCAGAGGACAUAUUCGCGCCACUGGUUGGAGGGACCGUGUUCACCGUACUAGAUUUGUCGAAGGCUUACCUACAGCCUGAGCUGGAUGAGCAGGCACAGCAACUGCUCACGGUGAAUACGCACAUGGGACUUUUCAGGUUCCGGCGAUUGCCGUACGGAGUGGCAAGCGCACCCGCAAUGUUUCAGGCCGUGAUGGACCAGGUUUUACAAAACAUACCUGGGACAGCC